UGUGUCCAGUGCUGAAGAUGUUUCCAGAACAACAGAAAGAGGAAUUUGUAAGUGUCUGGAUUCGAGAUCCUAGGAUUCAAAAGGAAGACUUUUGGCAUUCUUAUAUUGACUAUGAGAUCUGUAUUCAUACCAAUAGCAUGUGUUUUACAAUGAAAACAUCCUGUGUGCGGAGAAGAUAUAGAGAAUUUGUGUGGCUGAGGCAGAGACUCCAAAAUAAUGCAUUGCUAGUACAACUGCCAGAGCUUCCAUCUAAAAACCUGUUUUUCAACAUGAACAAUCGCCAACAUGUAGAUCAGCGUCGUCAAGGUUUGGAAGAUUUCCUCAGAAAGGUCCUCCAGAAUGCACUUUUGCUUUCAGAUAGCAGCCUUCACCUCUUCUUGCAGAGCCACCUGAAUUCAGAAGAUAUUGAGGCGUGCGUUUCUGGACAGACAAAGUACUCAGUGGAAGAAGCAAUUCACAAGUUUGCCUUGAUGAACAGACGUUUCCCUGAAGAAGAUGAAGAAAGAAAAAAAGAAAAUGAUAUAGAUUAUGAUUCUGAAAGUUCAUCCUCUGGGCUUGGACACAGCAGUGAUGACAGCAGCUCACAUGGAUGUAAAAUAAGCACAGCUCCGCAGGAAUCUUGAGAAAUAAUUCUAAUGUUACUACCUUAGUAAUAGCAAAUUGUGUCCAGUCAUGAAGAAAGCUUGCUAAUAACAUAUUCUUACCUAAAGCUCACUGUCAUAAUGUUAGGUAUUAAAAUUCUUAAAGAUGUUGGGUUGUUUAUUAGUGGU